AUUUUCAACGAAGGCACAUCCUCACGCUGAGCGAAGCGGAAUGAUGGCGUUGUGUCUCACUACCAUCUUUUCCUCUUCUCCUCCUCGGCCGGUGCAGCUACUCGGCGCCCUUCGUCGCCGCUCCUCCGCUUUUUCCCUGAUCCGGCAGAAGGUUCCGAGGCCCACCUCGACCAGAACUUUGAAUGGUGCCCUUUUCAUCAGUUGCUCGGUGGCAGAUCGGAACGGCGGAAAGGACCGAACUGGUGGUGGUGGUGGUGGAGGAGAGGUGGAACCGAUAUGGGCAGCGUUGAUCCCACGUGGCGUAGGGGUUGGGCCCGAGAAGGUCCUCAGACUCAUUGCCGGGGCUACUUCCAGCCCUAUCUGCCAGUUCAUCGAGUCUCCACGCACUUUUCUCCACUCCGUUGAUCCACGUAUCAAAUUGGCAUGGUUGUUGGCCCUUGUUAUCUUACCAGCAAGAUCACAUAUCUAUAUGCGCCUCGGUUUGGUCUUGUAUCUUACUGUACUGUCAAUCUGGAUCCUUCCAAAUCGUAUUUGGAUGGAUCAAUUGGGCAGAGUGGCAUUGCUUUCAGGAAUUUUGUUCAUCAUGCUGGGAUUUGGUUCAGAUACUGUACCCUCACUUGCCCAGUUGAGAACUCCUCCACCAUCCAUUACGGGACUCCCAAACAUUCCAUCAUCCUUAGGAAGCUACUCAUAUACAAUCAUGAAGCUAGGCCCACUGCAAUUUACAAGGAAAGGAUUGUCAGUGGCUAGUACAUCGGCUUGUUUAUCCUUCACUAUCUUCCAAAGUGCAAGCCUGUGCUUAACAACGACAAUGCCUGAGCAAAUUGCUUCUGCUCUUCGAUGGUUUAUGGCCCCUCUGUCUCUAUUGGGUACCCCGGUAUCCGAGAUAAUACUUACUCUCCUGCUUUCUUUAAGAUUCAUUAGUCUGGUCUUUGAUGAGGUACGGAGUGCUGCGUUAGGUAUUAUUGCACGUCGCAUAUGCUGGCAUCAGUUAACACUAAUGGAAACAUUGGAUGUUUUCUUUUUAUAUGUUGGCCGGAUUUUCAAAAACAUAUUUAGUCACGCAGAGCAAAUUUCCAAGGCCAUGAUCGCUAGAGGUUUCCGCGGUGACUGUGAUUCACACAAGAUUUACCUCUUCUCUGAUUCCUCACUUGGUUUUGUUGAUUUCCUCUCGAUAUUUUGCCUUCUCAGUCUAAUCGGUGCAGCUAUAUUGUCAGAGCAGCUCCUUGUUUAACAUUCAGUAAGCACGCAAUUUAGUGAUGUUUUUUCCUGACAAAUACAAGUAUCCACAUAACAACUGAAGAAAAGAAGACUUUACAUCCUCAUCUGUUCUGUUGUACGACUGACCGAGGUAUCUUCCUCUGCUAUCAUUAUGUUGACUCACGAGCAUUCUCAUGCAUACCUGAAUGUGUACUUAUCGAAAAAGCAAUAAUGUUCAUCUGCUGAAACUAUGAUUGAGGAAGCUCCAAUUCGACACUGAAUUUAGUGAAACUCAUGCAGUUCAAGAUGGGGAAGAAGGAACAGGGGUUUGUCGAAAUCAUUCAGAAGAUUUCAUUCACCAACAUUCCUUUUCCAAGUUGCGGAUAUUGAGAUUUUUAUAACUACUCACAAGUCGGAUGAACUUGGUGCAGUAUUUUACAGAGCAUAUCUUGAAGAACUGUUGCUGAUGAACAAAACAGUUGCAACAUUCUUGUUCUUUGGCAUGGGUUGAGCUCUCCUUUCCUCUUUACCGCAUCUUUCUUCCCCAACUCGAUUCACAAACUACAUCGAUAUGAAUUAGUAAUAUGGCGUGUUUGUUAGAUUUGUAGAUCCUUCCAACUUUCAUUGUUCUUCUGAAUAGAGCAUCUCUUCUGGAUGUGACAAACUUUUUCACUGUGUUCUUCUUGGCACAAUGUUUGCCACUAAAAUGUAAGUUUGUGAUUGGGUUAGAUAGACCAUUUGUGUAUCCACAAUUUUUUUAUUUAAUUGGCAUCAGAUAUCUAUAAAUUCUUGUAGUAAAA